AUGCGGUCGGAGACAGCCGGCACGACGGAUCUGUCACCCAUCAAUGCGGUAGAAUUAAUGUGGCACAAGCACCGCUGCGGCGAUGGCCACCUCCUCGCUUAUCCAGCGCACGCGCACGUCCUCAAGUCCAUUGUCGAGCGUUUCUCGUUCGACGUUGAGCAAAUAUCGCAGCUCGUCGCGAUUAUGGAAACUACCAAGGAUAUGUAUCUCGUGGAUCGUGAGCGAUGCUUGGAGGCAUGGGGUAUUUGUGGUAACCGCGUCGAAGGCUGGAUUCCCAAACACGGCGAUUAUCCGGAUGAAGAGACCGAGUCUGAAGGGGGCAUGGGAGCGGAAGUAGUGCGCUUUGGAGAGGGAGACGGCUCUCGCAUGGCUGAGGAGCUCAAGGCGUUCUUGAAGAAACACCCAACUUGGCACGAAACAAAAGAAAGCGGCCAGGCUGAAGCCUCGUUGGAGGAUGUGUGGCCUGCUUUUGAAGAGAUUGGGGUUACGGGGACAGAUUUGGUGGCACUGCCGUACACUUGGUUUGAUACAAGACUGCGGUCUCUUCGCAACCGCGGAUGUAUUCAACGGGUUCCAUGUCAAGACUCAACUUAACCGACGUGAUGUCAGGGGCUGCUCAGUAGCAAGACCCAACUUGGACUUAACACGCCUGUAGCUUCUGUAAAAAGCAAGUGUUUCCCGG